AUGGCGUCGCCGACCAUCACUCCGUUCGCCGCAUUGCGCGCGCUCCGCGCGCACGUCAUCGCGGGGAAAGCCAUAGCGAUCGACGACAAAGAGCUCGUGUUCCUCGACGCCAGCGGCGCCGAAGUGCAGCGCCUCGACAAGCACCUGGCGACCGCGUACCACUCGAAGAAGCUCGACAAGAGCUACGACCUCUUGGCCGUGUACACUUGUUUCCAGUAUGCCGCGCUGAGUUUCAGCGACUAUGUGCUCAAGUGCCGCGACGCGCGCGCGGCAAUGGUCUCGACCGUCGACAAGAAAGAGCUCGUGGCGUACCUCAAGGGCGACAUUGAGACCAGUGCGCAGAUUGUGGACGCGACGCCGUCGGAGACGCCGUCUGCUGCACGCGAUCGUGGCGACGACGCGAUGGGACGGGCUGUGAAGCGCGCAAAAACAGGUGCACUGGACGCACAAGGGCCGACUGGACGGGCUGCAGCAGUAGCGCUGUCGGAGACGCUGUCGGAGACGCGGUCGGGGACGCGGACAGAGACGCGGACAGAGACAGCGACGCUGCUGCAGCUCAAGCGGCUGCUGGAGAAGGAGUACGUGCUGCGCACGCGCGUGACCAUGUUGGACGCGCACAAGACGACGUUUGACAAUGUCGUGAAGCUCUUGGAGCUCGUGAACGCCGAGGCGAAGGACAAGAUGGAGAAAGCGGCGACGAAAGCCGCGGCAGCGGCGGGGGCGGGAACUUCGUCGACGGCCACGAGCACGCGGCGCGAGCAGCUGCCGAUGCACCGACUGGUGAAAGAGAAGCUGCUGGGCACGCCGAUCAUUGUCGUGCCGGCUGGGUUUUCCGACCUGUUUACGAUGCUGAACGCCCAGGAGUUUCUUGAAGACGGCGUGUACGUGUCGAACAUGCAGAAGAAAGCCAGUGGCUUGCGGAAACAGCAGGAGCUGAUGAUCACGCACGAAGAAGACGGACACGUGUACACGUUUAAGGUCGUGGACACGGUCAGUCGCUUUCGGGAUAAAGACUGGCGGUCGGUGGUGGGCGUGAUUGUGUCGGGACAGUCGUGGCAGUUCAAGGGAUGGAAGUGGAAGUUUCCGCUCGAAGUGUUUAAGAAAGUGUGUGGCGUGCACAUUUACAAUCAGGGGUCUCAGCUGAAUCCGGACAUCAAGCAGUGGGAUGUCAAAGUGUUGAUGAUUCACCCGGACAAGCGACAUCUGGACAAGGUUGCAGCUAAAGAGUUUUGGCGUUUUUUGUUUGCCUUUAUGAAAGUCAAGCUGCAGUAA